CGGUCUGCAAGCGUCAAAAGAUUUAACAGUCAUAAACUCAGGAGUGAGGACUACAAGUGUACAACAACUACAAAUAGUCAAAACUCAAGCGUUGCGGUUGCUGCAGUAGAAGAAAAACUUCCAUGGAUACAUUAGCAGAAGGAUUAUGGGGAUUAUCAGAUUUCCAUGAGCAAAAAGGCGAAUUUGCAAAGGCAAUCAAAUGUUUAGAAGCAAUUUGCCAAAGCCCAGUUUCAUUCCUCCCAAUAAUCGAGGUCAAAACACGCCUUCGAAUCGCCACCCUUUUGUUGCGCCAUUCUCAUAAUGUCAAUCAUGCCAAAUCUCACCUUGAACGUUCUCAAUUGUUAUUGAAGUCGAUUCCUUCGUGUUUCGAAUUGAAAUGUAGAGCGUAUAGUUUACUUAGUCAGUGUUACCAUCUUGUUGGGGCGAUACCGACCCAGAAGCAGAUUUUGAACAAGGGUUUGGAGCUUACGAAGUCGCUCGGCAAUGGUUUUGCAGCGAAGUUAUGGUACUGCAAUUUCAGUUCACAGCUUUCUACGGCUUUAAUAAUCGAAGGGGACUAUCAGAAUUCCCUUGCUACGCUUGAACAAGGCUACAAGUGUGCUGCUGAAAUGUGUUAUCCAGAAUUGCAGAUGUUUUUCGCGACUUCGAAACUCCAUGUCCACCUUAUGCAGUGGGAUGAUGUGGACAUGGUGGAACGGGCUCUUGCGAGAUGUGAUGAGGUGUGGAACUCCUUCGAGUUGAAUAAGACACAGCAAUGUCUUGGCUUGCUUUUUUAUAAUGAGCUGCUGCACAUUUUCUAUCGGUUUCGUAUAUGUGACUACAAAAAUAUUGCUCAACACAUCGACAAGCUUGAUGCUGCUAUGAAAGCCGACUUGCAGAAGACAGAGCAUGUUCAGAAACUAACUAGUGAACUCAACACUAUAAACCAGACUCUCUCUGAUCCUGCUAUGAAGCAAAGAGAUUGCUCAAUGCUGAUUGAGAAACGUGCUCUUCUUAAGCAGCAGCUCGUGACUAUAACCACAUCUAAUUCCGUUGCGCAAGGAUAUACUGAUUCUACAAGUGUUGAAUAUGAGAGGAGGCUAUCUGCUGACAAGCUUGAGCUGGCACCUUAUCCCAUUGAUGGGGAAUGGCUGCCCAAGAAUGCAGUUUAUGCUUUGGUGGAUCUUACGGUUGUAAUGUUUGGGCGCCCAAAAGGACAUUUUAAGGAGUGUACAAAGCGGAUUCAAUCUGGAACUCAGGUUAUCAAAGUGGAAUUAUCAAAGCUGGGAAUCACUGAUGGUGUCAGAGAAGUAGAUCUCCAGCACUCGGCCAUCUGGAUGGCUGGUGUCUAUUUGAUGCUGUUGAUGCAGUUCCUCGAAAAUAAGGUGGCAGUGGAUCUCACACGAGCUGAUUUUAUUGAAGCUCAAGAGGCUUUGGUGCAGAUGAGAGGUUGGUAUAUCCGUUUUCCAACAAUCUUACAUGCUUGUGAGAGCAUUAUUGAAAUGCUAAGAGGACAAUAUUCUCACUCAGUUGGCUGCUUUGAUGAGGCAGCUUUCCAUUUUGUCGAAGCGGCAAAGCUAACAGAGAGCAAGUCAAUCCAAGCUACGUGUCAGGUGUAUGCUGCUGUCUCUUACAUAUGUAUUGGUGAUGCAGAAUCUUCAUCACAGGCUCUUGAUUUAAUAGGGCCUGUGUACAGGGUGAUGGAUUCUUUCAUUGGAGCGCGAGAGAAAACAAGUGUUCUUUUUGGGUACGGUCUUCUGUUGAUGAAGCAGCAAAACCUUCAGGAAGCACGGAUACGUUUGGCUACUGGAUUGCAAUUAACACACAGUAAUCUGGGCAAUCUUCAACUGGUUUCUCAAUAUCUAACAGUUCUUGGGAGUUUGGCCCUUGCUCUUCAUGACACUGUACAAGCUAGAGAAAUUUUGAGGUCUGCUUUGACAUUGGCGAAGAAACUUAAUGAUGUCCCAACACAGAUCUGGGUACUAUCAGUUCUGUCAGCACUGUAUCAGGAGUUGGGAGAGAGGGGAAAUGAAAUGGAGAAUGCCGAGUACCAAAGAAAGAAGAUAGAUGAUCUGCAUAAAAGAUUUGCAGAUGCUUAUGCAUCAAUUCACCAUACUGCGCUAAUUAACAAAGAUAAAAUUGAAGUUCACCAGCUGCAAGAAUCAGAUAGUAAACGUGCUAUGGCGAGUCAGUCUAUGAAGGUUGAUCUUGAUAUCCCGGAGUCUAUUGGUUUGGCCUCAUCAACGCCUGUAAAAUCAUCCUCGCGGCUUGUUGAUUUAGAUUCUGGAAGACGCGGGAAGAGGAAAAUAUAGCCCGAGAAUGUAAUAUUUGUAAAAAUAUAAUUAUCUGUAUAUAUUUAUAUAGCAUGCAUCCGUGCUUGCCUAGAUUAGGUACAAUUACCAGCAGAAUAGGAUGAAUUAUGCCUUUAAAGUAGUGCAGGAAAUAUAUCCUUAUGCUUUUAUUGCCAAAACUCUCAAAUAAAUGUCUGAAAAUAUUUGAAAAAGAAGUGGGUAACAGCCACGAAGGGCUGUUUCACUGUGUGCAAA